GUUCCCGCACCGAGAUCAGUUGACGAUGAACGAUCGGUGAUCACUCACAUACCUUGUGUCUCUUAUUAUACUGUUAUUAUUAUUAUUAUUACACAUGUUGAUAUCACUCGGAAUGUGGUGAACGCGACGGACCUGCAAGACGCUCGACGAGCACAGUUGCUGUACGCGCAUACGUUAAAGUUUUCACCGAGUUAUAAAUCCCAAAUUGGCGUGCGCUUUCCGUCCGUCCGUCUUCGCCAUGGGCCCCCAAAACGAGAAGCAACCGUUGUUGCCCAACAGCAACGGCGACAAUUCCCGGCCCGAAAGAGAAAAUAAUAUCAACCGUUACCGGAGUCUGGAACAUUCCAACGGAACGGGUGCCAAACAAGCUAACCACAGCAUCACGUAUACGUGGACAAACAUGAACGUGUACACGAAAAACGGCAAAAGCCAAAAUGUUUACGAUACACUUACGUCGUGCUGUUCAGGGAGUCUAAAAAACAAGACUGAAAACAAACAAUUAUUAAACAACGUGAGUGGUUCGGCGAAACCAGGUGAACUAUUGGCUCUGAUGGGAUCCAGUGGCGCCGGCAAAACGACCUUGUUGAACUCGCUGACAUUUAGGAGCGAUCGCAACGUGAUGGAGUCUGGAGUUAGGUCCAUCAACGGCGUACCGGUCAACAGUAAAUUGUUGACGGCCGUUUCUGCGUACGUCCAACAACACGACCUGUUUAUUGGCACGCUCACUGUCCGAGAGCACUUAAUAUUCCAGGCGAUGGUGCGAAUGGACCGACACAUACCGUACGAAAAACGAAUGGCUCGAGUCGAGGAUGUCAUUCAAGAGUUGUCAUUGACUAAAUGUCAAAAUACUAUCAUCGGUGUGACCGGCAGAAUAAAAGGUUUAUCCGGUGGAGAAAUGAAACGUUUGUCGUUUGCUUCCGAGGUGUUAACAGACCCUCCGUUGAUGUUCUGCGACGAACCGACUUCGGGACUGGACUCGUAUAUGGCACAAAAUGUAGUCAGCGUGCUCAAGUCGAUGGCGUCCAAGGGCAAAACAAUAAUUUGCACCAUUCACCAGCCGUCGUCCGAAGUGUACUCCAUGUUCGACAAAAUACUAUUACUGGCCAGCGGCCGGACAGCUUUCCUGGGCAGUACCAACGAUGCCAUCGAAUUUUUCAAAACGCUUGGCGUCAGCUGCCCGAAGAAUCACAACCCUGCGGACUUUUUCAUUCAACUGUUGGCCAUCGUACCGUCCCAAGAAAUUUGCUCGUAUGAAACCAUCGACACUGUAUGCGAGGCUUACGAGAGCUCGACCUACAAGAGUGACAUGAUUGAACACCAAAAACAGUUGUUCGCCGCCAGUAAAAGCUCGGUGGACUGUUGGGGCUCGAACGGUCUAGGUCUAGAGAACGUCUCGUCGCCGUACAAAGCAACGUGGACGGAACAGUUUUCGGCAGUAUUCUGGCGGUCGUGGCUCAGUAUCAAAAAGGAACCGGCCCUCACCAAAAUUAGGCUCAUCCAAACGAUGUUGGUCGCCGCUCUGAUAAGUUUCAUCUUCUACAACCAGCAUCUGGACCAAGACGGCGUGAUGAACAUCAACGGAGCGCUGUUCAUGUGUAUAUCUAACAUGACGUUCCAGAACGUGUUGGCCGUCAUUAACGUAUUCUGUUCCGAACUUCCGGUGUUUAUGCGCGAACACCACAACGGCAUGUACCGGACGGACGUGUAUUUCCUGAGCAAAACCCUGGCCGAGGUACCGAUAUUCUUGGUCAUACCCAUACUGUUCACGUCAAUCAUGUACUACAUUGUGGGUCUAAAUCCAAAGUUCAUACACUUCCUCACGGCUAUCCUUUUCAUAACGCUCGUCAGUCUGGUGGCCGUCUCGUUCGGUUACUUAGUAUCGUGCGCCAGUGGUUCCAUAUCAGUGGCACUUUCUGUGGGGCCUACGAUCGUCAUACCUUUCCUGCUGUUUGGUGGUUACUUCUUGAACGUCGGAUCGAUUCCGUACUAUUUCCGGUGGCUGAGCCUCUUCUCGUGGUUCAAGUAUGCCAACGAAGGGCUGCAAAUCAACCAGUGGGCAGACAUCGACUACAUCCAGUGCAACAGAGCGAACACGACGUGUCCCCGUUCCGGUCACGCCGUCUUGGAGUCGAACAGUUUUCUAGAGUCGAACAUCACCAUGGAUAUAAUUUCAUUAUUUUUAUUAGUCAUCGCCUUUCGUUUCAUGGCGUUCUUAUCACUCCUGGCUAGAACGAGGAAGUAACACAAACGUGAUAAUAUUUAUUCAACGAUUCUGGAAAUUCAUCACUGCCACAACACACAUGUUUGUAAAAAAACUGGCAAGGCCGAUACACUACUUGGAAUUAGUAAACCAGAUAAUAAGGAAAUCUAAUUACGUUAAUAUAUUUAUACAGGAUAAGAUCACUUAGGGUUGUAUAUAUUAUAUUAUUCUACAAAAUAUUUUAAAAAGAAAAAUAAUAUAAUUUUAAUUUAAACAAAUAACUACAUUUAGUUAAAUGCCAUGUCAUUAUCGUGCAUUCAUCAGUUACAGACAUUCUAAUCUCUGAAACUUCUAUUCUAUAGCUUAUAAAUUGGUACUUAGGUAACCUAAUUUUUUACAUUUUAUUAUUUAUAUUUAAGUAUCAAAGUGCCUGAGUACCAAAGCCAGAAUAAAUGCCUGUGACUGUCCAUUCCACUCAAAAUCUCAUGCUUUUCUAAUUAGAUAAAUACACACAACUACACAAACAUGCUAAUAAACCUAAAUAUAUAUUACUCAUUUACCUAUAAUUUUGUAUAUUAAAGUUCCCUCCCAUUUGAAAUUAAACCUCAAAUACGUUACUAGUAUUUGGUGUACUGAAAUAAAGUCAGUUGUAUAUGGUAUUCAAUCUGACUUUUUUAAUAGUAGUCAUAAUUAUUUUAAGAGUAUACAUUUUAUGUUUGUUUGAUGAUUUUUUUUUUUUUUUAUUAUUUUUAUUAUUAUUAUUAUUAUUAUUAUUAUUACUAUUAUUAUUACUACUAUUAUAAUUACAGUAUAUAAUACAAAAACGAUUAAAUUAUUGAUUGCACAUUGUUGAAUUAUUAUACAAAAUUUAUAACUAACGUGUAUUUGUUAAAUUUAUUAAAUGUUGUUGAGCACA